GAUACGAGCCUGGCAUGUUUUCUGCUCUCAGAGUCACCAGUGCUGUUGCUGCGCUCGCAGUCACACACUACAAGCUUUCCAUAGUUACCAAGAGCUUUUUAGAUUGAACGUAAUUGAGUAGGCUAUAAAAUUACAAAACUGGUUCUAUUUUUUCUACAACUCAAGAAAAAGGGGGAGUUUUCCCAGUUGCCGUGGUUCCGCUUUACCUCCGUGUUUUUGACGAGCUUUUAUUUCCUUCAUAUCUGAUCGCCCAUCAGUGUAAUGAUCUGGCUUUUUUCUUGUGUCGUUUCCACUUCAGCAUGGGAACUGCUGUGUCCAAAAGGAAGACUUUAAGGAACGAUGCAAUAUCUUCUGUGGCCGCAAAAGUUAGAGCAGCCAGAGCUUUUGGAGAUUACCUGUCUCACACACACCCUGAGAACCGUGCCGGCUCAGAUCACCUGCUGUCUGAUACCUUUAUCGGCCAAGACACAGACUCCCCUGACAUCAGUCGUCUCCACAACAACCUGCACCCUCAGAACCAGGCACACAGUCUCCAGCCCCAGCCCAGCACCCUGCAGCCAGGCACUCUGCAGCCCACAGGCCCCUCCAAGAGCAGGCUCUCAGCAGGGCUCUUAGUGGAGCACAGUUUCUCCUCUGAGGAGCAGCAGCCGCCUCCCAGGUCUGCUGAGGGAAGCCUGACCGGCCUGAAGCCAGCUGCCCAGCGGGUCUACACCAUCACCAGGGAGGGAGGCAUGCUAGGGGGCCGAGGCAGUGAGGAGAGCCUGGAGCUGGAGGUGCUGAAGCAGCCCCUGUCCCCUCCUCCCUCCGCCAACCAGCCCUCGUUCACCAAUCAACAACCACCAGGCAGCAAACACCACCGUGGCGAUGGCAACCAUCACCGUGGCAACCAUAACCAUGGCCCACAGAACCACAGGUCCCAGCCCCUGCAGAGCUCGGGGAGCGCCCAUAACAUCCGGGACUGGGGGGUGCGGAGAGGGGGCUCGCGGGAGGACUGCACCCCAGAGUGUGUGACCUGCAUCAGGGCCCCGUGUCAGAGCCAGCGCUCCCUGGAUCUGGAGACGUCCCCGCGAGACGGAGGCAAACCGAGGAAGAAGCUGGAGAGGAUGUACAGCGAGGACCGAGACAGAGACAGAGGAGAGGAGAGAGAGGACAACCCUAAUAGCUGGUUCCCCAAAGAGAAUAUGUUCAGCUUCCAGACGGCAACCACAACAAUGCAGGCAAUAUCGAACUUCCGGAAGCACCUGAGAAUGGUGGGCAGCCACAGAAUGAAGGCUCAGAGUGAGUUCCCCACAUAUGCCGAACGCCGAGCCAAGAGUUUCAACCGCUCCUGGAGUGACCCCACCCCCAUGAAGCCUAACUCUCUCCAUGGCUCCAGAGACAGUGGGGACCUGCCGUCCUCGUCAAGGGCUCUAGACGAAGGGUCACAGGAGGAUGCCGACUGGGAGGAGGAGAGAGAGCUGGAGAGAGCAGCCUGCGAGGGAGAGGACUUAAUCCCACCCAAAAUCAUACUGAUAUCUUCUAAGGUCCCGAAGGCUGAAUAUGUCCCUAACAUCAUCCGUAGGGACGACCCCUCGAUCAUCCCCAUCCUUUAUGAUCAUGAACAUGCCACAUUCGAUGACAUCAUUGAGGAGAUAGAGAAGAAGCUGACGGCCUAUAGGAAAGGCUGUAAGAUCUGGAACAUGCUCAUCUUUUGUCAGGGAGGUCCGGGGCAUCUGUACCUGCUCAAGAACAAAGUGGCCACGUUUGCCAAGGUGGAGAAGGAAGAGGACAUGAUCCAAUUUUGGAAGAAGUUGUGUCGGUUUAUGAGCAAGCUAAACCCUGAGCCCAACGUCAUUCACAUAAUGGGCUGCUAUGUUCUGGGGAGCGUCAAUGGAGAAAAGCUAAUCCAGAAUCUGAAGCAGCUAAUGAGACCUCAUGUCAUCGAAUUCAAGUCCCCACUAGAGCUAUCUGCGCAGGGCAAGGAGAUGAUCGAGAUGUACUUUGACUUCCGUCUCUUCCGCCUGUGGAAAACCCGCCAGCACUCCAAGCUGCUCGACUAUGACAACCUUUUGUGACAUUGCUCACCUUUCACCUUUGUCAGCCUACUGGCUGUGUAUCUCAUCACCGAUAGCCUAUAGUGACGGCUUUCCUUGAGAGGUCCUGGAAGGGAACGCUCUGUAGAAGAGGUGCAACAGGAAGACUGGGUUCAGGUGGUUUUACUCACGGAGGAGGCUUCAAUCCUCAGCUCUCAGACAAAUUGAAGGCAUUAAGUGAAAUCCAGUAGCAGCUACUGUCAAGAGGUGAACUGUAUAUUUCCCCUCAUCCAUUUUCACUGUCACAACUAAUGCCUCUACUGAGAGAGAACCAGAGCGGGAGAGAGAAGGUUAAAGAGAGAAGUGGAUAGAUCAUCCUUUAGUCUCAAGAGAAACAUAGAGUUAGAUUUUUAGCCCGGGAGCCAAGAAAGUCUUCUUGGAAAGAGAGAGAGAGAGAGAGAGAUGCAGCACCUGCAGGGAAAAUAAAGACUCUUUGUGAAAAGGGAGAAGAGAUGGCGACAGAUUCUCACCUUUGUCUACCUGUCAGCUGUGUGAACUCAGAGAUGAAAGCAAUUUUUUUCAGGAAGUACGUAGAUCUCCCUAAGGACCUAAAUGUAUUUAUAAAGUGCUUAGGUUGUUUUCUGACCAUUAGAGAAUAGAUUUCCAUUACCUAUACAUGUACCACAAAUAGAAAGGAUGAUACUCAAGUAGUCUUACUAAUAAUUCAAAGUAUCUAUAUAUCGUAUAACACAGCUUUUAUUUUUUACUUAUUGUAUUAGUAUUUCUUAUGGACUGUUUGACUUGAAUAACUCAGGGUUACUGCUAUCCCUCGUAUGAUACUUGGCGUCAGUCGUCACCUCACGUACCGUCAUAACGGAAUAGGACGGAGAUGUCUGUCGACUAGUUCCGAUCCUCUCCACCCGCACAUGUGCGUGUUUGAACAAGGGAGGUCGUUUUUUUAGAUUCUUCAUAGACUAGGUCAAUUGUAGCUUAUUACUCAUUACGAAUGUAAUAGUGACACUGUACCAGAACCCUUCCAUGUUUAUGUUUUACCCUGCUGAACUACGGACACAAACUUUUCUUUCUUGUAGUGUUCAGUUCACUCCCAGGGAAUGAAACCCUUAUGCUGUGAGCUCUCUGUCUUACCCUGUGUGUCUGCAUUGCAUUGCUAACUGUGCAUCACCUCAUACUGCCAUGAGGUUUAUAGAAAGUGGACAAGGCCUAGCCUAGAUGACUUUUUUCACACUGAUUAUGGUAAUGAUUCCUCUCUAUAUAUCUACAGUAUAUUUACUUAUAUUUAACUAAUAUUGCUGCUUAAGUUACUCUCUGCACUGCCUGUGUUUUUCUUCAUUCUUGUAUGAUGUAUUUUCCGAGGCACAAGAUCACAAACCAAAAUGACAGGAAUCAUAUCUAACUUCUGAUUGGCACAAAAUUGGAUAGUGAUGGAUGGAGAUGAUGGCGUUUUCCCCAUCCUCUCCAUGUGCUCCUUCUCCUUCCUGCUUGAACAUUUUAGAUGGGUCCCAAAUGGCACCCUAUUCCCUAUUUAGUGCACUACUUUUGACCAGGGCCCAUAGGGAUAUCAGAUUCAGAUAUCAAACCAAGAUCUCAGUAUUCUUGUCAUGUCAAUUCUUAUGGCAUUUACUUUCUGUGUAUUGUGCUAUUGACUCUUAACAAAUGGGCUUUCUGUCUAGCCUAUGUGAUAUUGUACAACACUCAGUCAUGGUACAGUACAUCUCAUACACACGCAGAGCAGUUCUGUGAAGGAGCAUGUAAUGAUAUUGAGAUUGCUUUCUAACUUUUGCUUGUGCUCAAGUGGCAAAAUAACAUAAUUUAAGGAUUUAUUUCCAAAUGUCCUCCUUAAACUGUUCCACCUGAGCAAAUAAGUUAAUGUGUGUGUAGCGCCUCAGUGUGUGUGUGUGGUUUGUGAUGUGGCUCUGCAGGGGUACUGAACUGUGAGGAGUGGUCAUUAUCAGUGUUUUCUCUUAGCUGGUGGAGGAGGGGGGGGGGGGGAUGAUAAUACACAUCUUUAUGCAUCCAUGUGGACAGACUCAAUACAGAGAGACAAAAGAGAGAGGCCAUUUUCUUUCUAUUCCUUAAGAUUUGCUAUUAUUCAGUAAUGGUGGUACAGAGUGUACACUUCUAACAAUUCUUUGUUGACCUUCCUAGAAUGAGGGAGGCACACCAUGUAUUUUACUCACUCAUAGUUUUUCACAUUUAACUCUUUCUCAAUAACAUACGAGUAUUACUGUACAUGCAUUGUAUUGAUGUGCAAUCAACAUUCAGUUUAUGUGCCACAUGGGUACUGUAUCUCUCCCCACUCCUCUGUUUAAUGUGUACCUUUACAAAAGUGUUAACCAAGGAUACAAACCCUCUAUCAUGUAGCAAUAGACUUUGUAACAUUUCCUACACUGUUAUUAGAAAAUAUGUUUUGCCUUGUUUUGGUUCCAACUGGAGACUGUUUACUUUACUUGUCCCCAAUGCACCGCAAUCUCCAACAUUACUGACUUUGAGAGAGAGAGAGAGAGAAUUACAUUUUUUUUUAAAUGAAUCAUUGAUGUAUGUUUCUGCUUUAAAACAGGAUUAUGACGCUGGAGAUAACCAUCCUUUAAAUACCAUGGAUAGAGGAAUAUUUAUUAUCUGGUAUUUGAGGGUGAUUUCAAACCAAUGUGCCAGCGGAGGAGGAAGUGGCGGAGCGAAAGUAGUGCACUAUAUAGGGAAUAGGAUGCCAUUUACGUAAGAAGAGUACUGUACGAGGGCUAUAGCAAUCUUUCUUGGAUAGUUGACAGUUGGCACAGUAGAACUGAUUUGUGAUGGUAGUUAAGAUGACAAGCAUGGAUAGACAUUAAAACUUUGACAUUGCAAAAGAGAGACGUGUAAAUUAAAAGUUGAUCUGGCCCAUAUUUAGAUGAGAGCUACUGGCUUUGUCCCAAAUGGCAACCUAUUCCCUAUUUAGUGCACUACUUUUGACCAGGGCUCUGUUCAAAAGUAGUGCACUCUCUAUAGUGAAUGCAUUGACUGUAAUGUUUAUACUGGAGCCAGAACCAGCGAAGCGAGCACUGACUGGUCGUCGUGGUUUGACUUAUCAUCCUGGCCAACGAAGCAGCCAUUUCCAUUUCUGUGAGGAGAAAUAUAAUUACACAAAUCAAGACAUAUAUCUUCAACGCCUCACACGUCCUAUUAAUUCAAAAUGAAACCUUCUGUCAUCACCAAUGAGAAAAUAAGACAUUUCCAUGAACUUUCAUCCUAUUUUUAAUGUAUGAGUUUCUCCCACGUUGGCUGCAUCCCAAAUGGCACCAUAUUCCCUAUAUAGUGCACUACUUUUGACCAGAACCCUAUGGAGAAAGGGUGGUAUUUGGGACUGAGCCAUUGCCUGGUUCUCUGCUCUGUGUGCUCUGCUCUGUGUUGGGGAUGCUGAUUGAGUUAUGAUGAUUGAUUGAUGCUGCUGUGAUUGCUCUGACGCCUCAUGUUGUGAAGUGAUUGUAUUUUGGGACGAGGGGGAGUGCACAAAGCUCUCAUAGUGUAACCUCGAUCUUAACUUUUCACAAAGUAAUGUAUGGGCCAGGGCAUUGCAUUUUCAGUAGAUUUCUUUAGGUAGAUUUACAAAGCAUACUACUUUUAGAAGUGAUAACUAUCACUACUGUAAGUCUUUAGUCAGGUUGAAUAUCCAAAUGUCUUGAUAAAAGUAUUGUUUAAUAUGCUAAUUAUGAUAGUGAUAAUGAUUGUCUCUGGUGAUUUUAAUACUAGGAGAUACUAAAGAAAAUAGACUGGGUAGUGUACAGUGGCUUGCGAAAGUAUUCACCCCCCUUGGCAUUUUUCCUAUUUUGUUGCCUUACA